AUAUUUCUGCAUUUUACAUGCUUCUGAGAGGAAAAGAUGAGAAUAAAAUCUCUGAGAUACCUGUUUAACCUGAAGUGUGGAGUUAAACUGAUACAACUGCAACUUUCUGUUCUGUUCCGUAUGAGGUCAAGAUGUCCUUUAUGUCUUUUACCAGCAUAAUCGCCUGGAGUGUUCUUCCUGUGCUUCAUAUUAUUCAGGAUACCAGUUCAGCAGCUGAAAACAUUUCAAAGCAACAGAGAUUCCUACACAAAACAGUGCACCAAAAUGCCCAGCUGACCUGUGACUUUCCAGCUCACAGAGAGACCAUUACAAAGUUAAAUGCCUACUUGUUGAAAGGAAUUGGGAAAGUACAACUUUUUGAAGCAAAUUGGAACAAUUCCACAAUUUUAAUCAAGACAAACAGUUCUGGAUUAAGCUUGGACAUAAAUAUUGCAAAAGAAGAAAAACAUGCUGUGUUUCACCUGAGGGACUUGCAGGUCAUCCACACAGACAGCUACAUGUGCAAGAUUGAGGUGAUUGACCCGCCACCAUAUGAAACUGAAAGCAGGAGCAAUUUAAUUUAUGUGAAAGAACUUCCUCCGCUCCAAGAAAAGCUUAAUUACAUGAACAUGCCAAUGGCUAUUCCACUUGGAUUUUUUGUUUUCUACAGUCUGAUAAUCACAGCAGCCAUUUACUACUAUUGGCUGAAAAGCAAGAAGAAUAGGGCCCUUCAGAAUGACUAUUUCAGCAUGACACCCUGGCAAUCAAAUGGACCCAGGAAAAGGCCCCCUCAAAAUGGUGUUCUAACACGGAACUAUACUGCAUACCGUUAUUGGGAACCCUGAUGUCUUCUCUACAAUGGAAAUAAGAACAGCCUAGCCAUAGGCAAAACGAGACUGUUUUCAAAGAGUUGUAUCUUCUUGUUCAUAGAUCUAUGAAGGACAAAAGCUCUCUGUAAGUUAUGUUUCAAGCUGGAUAGGCAAAAGGAUUUUAGCAACAGUAGACUGGAAACAGAGAGAUGUUAGAUCCUCCCUCAGUGUUAAGCAAAUGAUGGUUCUAACUGCAUUUGUGAACUUUCUACUUUGGCCCUAACAGAAAGUUUAGACGGAUUAUAUCCAAACUCUGGAAAACAGUGGAGGUCUUUCUCGAUAUCAGAUAUCAACUGAAUACCAAAAUGCUGGUAUGCACAGGAUUCUAUGAUUAUAGCUAAGAUUAAAAGUGUGUUGCUUUGUUGGAUUCCAUUUCCUAUGUUAAUUAAAUGGGUUCAACAUAGGUUCAAACCCAUCUUCAAUGCCUGGAUAGCUUUGUGUGAGUCUCAACGCAGCCUAUCAUACAGAGUUGUUGUUGUUGUAGGAAAGGGGGUAUAAAACAUGUAUCUAGAAGCCACACUUUUUGCAUCCCUCUGAGCUGGUCAUCAUCAGCAACCAUAUUCUGGUCAUUCAAGCAGAAAUGGCACUCUGUAAACAUUUAAUAUAUUACAGGACAAUGGAUAUGUAAAUCCCCCUUUCUGUUAUAAGUCAGUAAUAAAAUACAUAACAUGACUAAAAUCCUAACAUCUCUCUGUCAUACUAAGCUUAUUUUAAUUCUGUCUUUACAAAUUAUAACCAAUUUUUAUUACUAAGUUAUACAAAUUACUUAGUAGAUCAAAAAUAAACCUCUGAGGAGUUGUUACCUUAAGAGAAUUGGCUGUGCAUUAAGUUUGGCUAUUCUUUAAGAAACAUCAAUCAAAAGGUAUAUAAUGCAUUCUCCAUCCCAGCUUAGCACAUUCAUAAUGGAUCUGAUAUAUAGAUGAUAUUUUUUCUAUGAAAGGAACAGUGCUCCAGUAUAUGCUUUGCUGACUCAGUCUCUUCCAGCAUAAUGUCAAAAGGUCCACUCAUACAGGAUUUUCAA